ACAAAGGUCACCAAAGCCUUCCUUUCAUUAGCUAGCCGUUCCUCACAAUUUUGGAGGGACACCAACUCUACAUGCAGAAGACUGGCCACACUAUUUUUGAUGUUAUUUACUCUGCUUCCGCUUAUAUUGGAAACUACAGUGCGGUUUGCAGGAGGAGGAGUGAAUCCCCACUGAGGGGGGUCAGUCAGCACCAGCAGCAGAGUCUCCACUCACAGUCUAACUCCUGAAGGUCUCAUGGCUCAGAAGAAAGCUUGGCUGGUUUGCUGCUUCCUCCUCUCUGCUUUAAUCUGUGUGGCAGCUCUUGUGUGUCUGUGUGUGGUCUCACUUGUGGACAGGAGAUGUUCCAGCAGUAGCUUCAAAAAUGCUGCUGUUUCUGCAGACUCACAAAUCUGCUCAGAGAUCGGCAGGAAGCUGCUGCAGGAGGGAGGCUCGGCGGUGGAUGGCGCCAUCGGCGCUCUGCUGUGCACCUCCGUGGUGAAUCCUCAGAGCAUGGGCAUCGGAGGAGGAUCCAUAUUUACAGUCCGGGAUAAAACAGGUAACGUGAGCGUCUACAACUUCAGAGAGACUGCGCCUCGUUCAGUUCAGAAGAACCUGCUCAGUGACUGCCCGACCAGAUUUCAGUUGACCGUCGACCCCAAGUGGAUCGGAGUUCCUACUGAGCUUCGUGGCUAUGAAGCGCUCCACAAAAAGUAUGGCCGACUUCCCUGGUCCAGGCUGUUUGAACCCACCAUCAGACUGGCCAGAGAGGGGAUCCCCAUGCCCCCAUAUCUGGGCAAAUUCCUGCAGUCUCCCAUAGUCAAGCAGCGGGUGAAAAGUUCAUCCCUAUGUGAGGUCCUCUGCAACGAGAACAAGACUGUUCUGAGCCAUGGAGACGUUCUCAGGUUCCCUAAAUUGGCAGAAACCAUGGAAACCAUCGCCACGCUGGGAGCAGACACCUUCUACAGUGGCAAGAUUGGACAAGACUUGAUCCAGGAUGUCAGAGCUGCAGGUGGAACGCUGUCGAUGGAAGAUAUGGAGUCUGUCCGGGUGAAAGUUACCAAAGCUUGGACCGUUUCCUUACAUGAUGUUAAGUUACAUCUCCCUCCACCGCCAGCUGGGGGCGCUCUGUUGGCUUUUAUCCUGAAACUAAUGGAAGGGUUCAACGUGACUGAAAACUCUCUAGAUGGCGACAGGAAAAUUCACUUCUACCAUCUUUAUGCGACAGCUGCUAAAUUUGCAAACAACAACCGUCGGCGGAUCUAUGACCCUGAAUUCAACAGCCACAACGGGUCGGCGCUCUUGAUAGAUCCUUUAUUCAUCAGCAAAAUCAGAGAGCAGAUUCUCUCAAACAGCUCCCACGGGGAAAAUGUCAAAACCCCAUCAGACCAACUAGGGACAACUCAUGUGUCGGUUGUGGACGAGGACGGUUUGGCCGUGUCGGCCACCAGCACCAUUAACCAGCUAUUCGGCGCUGCCAUUUACUCCCCUCGCACAGGCGUCAUCCUCAACAAUGAGCUGUUGGACUUCUGUGGGAGGGUGGACUCUGUGGGCGCAGGUGAGCAGCCUCCGUCCUCGAUGACUCCUGUGAUCCUGGAGUGGUCGUCUGGAAGACUUCUGGUCAUUGGAGGUUCCGGUGGAAGCCUGAUCACUUCAGCUGUGGCCUUGUCCAUCAUCAAUCACUUGUGGCUGGGGAUGAACUUGAGAGACGCCAUCGCUGCUCCCAUUCUGUUUGUCGAUUCAAGGAACAAUGUCAACUUCGAGCCAGGAUUUGAUCAGUCAGUCAUCGAUGGCCUGAAAGCUCAAGGACACCAAGUUGGAGACUGGAAAUUCUUCCUCAACGUUGUGAACGCGGUGGAGAGAGACAACGGCUGCUUCGAAGGGGCUUCAGAUAUGAGGAAGAUGGGAGCAGCUGCAGGAUACUAACAUCGUACUGACAUUGAGCUCCGUUACACAUUUUACAGGUUAUCGAUCCUCUAAAACAAAAUCCAGGCUAGCAAGAAAUACUGCUAGUGAAGUAACGUUUAUGAUGCCUUAUUCCUCCCCAUGAUGGACUUUGUUGACAAUAGUUAACACCAAACCAGAAUGUCAAACGAUCUCUGUAAUACGAUUCCGUGUAAGUGUUAUCGACAGUAUUCGCAGGAUGGAACGUCACUGUUAGUCAUACCUUUACUGGAAGGGGAAAGAAUGAUCAGCUAUGUCUGAGUUUUAAAACAAGCGGGGCUGCACGAUUUUGGCAAAACAUUUUAUGGCAGUAGGGUUAUUCAUCACAAUUGUUUGCGAGACUAAGGAAAAACCAAUAUUGCGUGAACAGCUUUGAAUGCAAAAUCAGACUUUAAAUAUGCAUUGUGCAGUUUAUUUCAAAUUUGCCGCAAAUAUAGGAUUCACCAAGGACUAUUAGAAUAAGCAUGGUGUUAUAAAGUGCUACUCAGCUAAAACAAUUGGAGCAAACAGAGACCCCUAUCACUUAGCGCUAGUAUAACUGUUUUUGGCUGCACUAUUUUGUGAUAUUAUGUGAUAAUAAAUAUGCAGUUAAUGCUGACAGAUUGUGACAACUUAUAUCAAAAUCUCCAUUAAUAUUUAAUUUAACCCUAAAAACAAGCCAAGAGAAUUACUUACUUUUAGACGUUCAGUACUGAUGCCUCCAAACGAUCAUGGCGUCAUUGACAUAAACACAGUAUAAGUACGUCCAGAGCUGUACUGACAGCCUUCACUCAGCUACUUAUUUAGCGCAUGACUAUAUUUUCCAGGUGUGGUUUUGACUGUAGGUGAGGCUCACAUGGACUUCCUAAAGACCCUGCAGUGGAGGCUCCUUGGUCCCUGUUUUUCAAGCGGCGGCCAGCUUUGAACAAGCUCUCCCAUCGCAACAUUUCACAGCAGACAGUUCCACUGAUAUGAAGUACAUUGCUGGUUUAAAAACCAUUCAUGCUCAGUUAAGGUGCUUUACCGACCAUUGGUCCUGGAUCUGAACCUUUAUGAAUCUGUGUAUUCAUCUACAUAGAUGAUGUGUUUGCCACAUACUGAAGCGCCAAUCAAUGCCUUGUGAAUGAGUAAAGCUGUGGAUUUGACGUCAAAGACAAUAAUGAGGGCAAACAGACAGAAACAGUGUUCCGCUGAUCGGCGUCUCACUCGCGUUUGGUGGCCAUUUUGUAAUCUUAACAUGAAUAUUACUUGGUAAAUACAAACAGAGAUGUUGAGAUAUUGUGUUGAGAUGUUAUUUUGAGACAAACCAACCCUAUCCCUGAACUUCCACCAGGUAUGUUAGCAGAAGGAAGGCGGAGUUGAAGUGCAGUGGAGCAUCGCACUAGAAUCAUCAAUCCUGUGGGACUUCACGGAUUGAAAGACACGAUGCCUUUAUAGAGUUUAUACCAGUGUCAUAAAGGAAUUGGCCGAUGUUCGCCAUCCAAAAUGAACAACUCACCAUCCACAAAACUCAUUGACUGCUUCGGACUCACGUUCGCUGGUUAUGAAGUAAAGAGAGAAUAACGUCUACACAUACAUUUCUCGGAUUCACAUUACUUUUCACUGGCUGAUAUCCCUCCACCAGCCCUACGCAGCCAGUGGACCUCAACAAGUUGACAACAACUCCACACAGCUCCGCCUUCACACCUCUUCCGGACUCGGUGGAAAUUGGGGAAAAGAGUAUGUGACUUUUGAUUGCUAAAGAAAAGAAAUAAAGCACAUUUGAUUACA